CGAUGCGACAGCAGGAAAGUGUGUUGUUGUAGUUCGGGAAGACUUUUAUGGUCUAAUUCUGUUCUAGGAGCGGUGAAAACCGAAUCGUACUACUUGCUGCAGUUUUGCUGGCGCCCAGAAAUCGCUUCCGACAGUACAGUACAGUGAAAAAUUGCGAGUGCUUCUAUUAUCCUCUUCGAUCGCGUUCGAAAUUGUGCGUUUGUGAAAAAAAUUGUUUGAACACUGAUUCACGUGAUCGAUCGUGUGUGAUUAAUAUCCCAUCCGGCCAGCGGUGCAACACGUGGCGAGCGGCAAGAUUGGCGUGCAAGUAGUGACGGGUUCGGAAAAAUCAUCGAUCCGCAGGAAGGAUAAGUGUGUUGCUGGUGUAGCGUGUCCGGAAAAGCCCCUCCCACCUACCAGGACAGGUCCGUUGCGGUCGCGAGAUGCGUAGCGUGCGCAGCAGCUUCACCAUCGGGCGGCUGGCGAUAUAUCCGAAAAACUCGAAUAUACGCACCGGAUCCGUCUGCCUCGUUCAGUCCACUGCCAACGGCGGCUACCAAUACCAGCCACAUCAUCCACAAUGUAGCCUCGCCACGCUCACAGGAAACCCACACGCCCUCACGACAAACGUCCCGAAUAGCAGUACCGCCGGAAGCUGCCGAAGGACGAUCGCCAGUCACAGCGCCAGCAACCACAGUAACACCGUGACGACGGUGCUCCUAUGCUGCCCGGCAUCGUCGCACGCUGCCGGCCGUUUCGCGCGCACCGGCCGCCGCUCGUUCCACCUCUCCACGGUCUGUGAUAAAUCGUCUUCGAAGGACGGCGGCAGCAGCAAUCCACCGGGAAGUGGUGGACCUUCGUCCGGCAAUGGUUCGGCGGCGAGCGGUGGUGGUGCCGGCGGUGGCUCGAUGUCUUCGGGCGCGGGCGGAAAGGACGGUGGCAGUGGCAAGGAGCCACCGAACAAGAAGAACACCCUGUCCUGCCCGAAGUGCGGCGAUCCGUGUACGCACGUCGAAACGUUUGUCAGCUCGACGCGGUUCGUGAAGUGCGAAAAGUGUCACCACUUUUUCGUCGUCCUGUCCGAGGUGGACUCGAAGAAGACGAUCAAGGACACGGAGACGAAGGGCGCCCGGAAGCCACCGCCGCCGCCGAAGAAGAUCAUGGAGUACCUAGAUCGGCACGUCGUGGGCCAGGAGCUCGCCAAGAAGGUGCUCUCGGUGGCGGUGUACAACCACUACAAGCGCAUCUACCACAAUCUGCCACCGCCGGCAGCGAGUGGGGCCGGCGGGGCGGGUGGCCAGCAGCAGCAGCAGCUAGAUUCGAUGUCCCGUAGUGGCGAUCUGCUGCACAUUUCUGGCAUCGGGCACACGAUGAUGAGCUCGGCGCCGUCGGAGGUGCCACGGCCUCCGAUGGCCGGUGGAGCGGGUGGAGCGGGCGGUGCCGGUGGCUCGCACCACCAUCCCGGCUCGGAGCUGCUGGACAAGAAGACGCACGAGCUGAAGCUGGAGAAGAGCAACAUCCUGAUGCUCGGCCCGACCGGCUCCGGCAAGACGCUGCUGGCGCAAACGAUUGCCAAGUGCCUGGACGUUCCCUUUGCCAUCUGUGAUUGUACGACGCUAACGCAGGCCGGUUACGUCGGGGAGGAUAUCGAGAGUGUGAUCGCGAAGCUGCUACAGGAUGCUAACUAUAGCGUCGAACGAGCUCAAACGGGUAUCGUGUUUCUGGAUGAGGUGGACAAAAUCGGAGCCGUACCCGGAAUCCAUCAGCUGCGCGACGUCGGAGGCGAAGGUGUGCAGCAGGGCAUGCUGAAGAUGCUCGAGGGUACGAUCGUGAACGUACCGGAAAGGAACUCACCGCGCAAGCUGCGAGGCGAAACGGUUCAGGUGGACACGACAAACAUCCUGUUCGUCGCAUCCGGCGCCUACACGGGUUUGGAUCGGUUGAUCGCACGCCGUUUGAACGAGAAGUACCUGGGCUUUGGAAUGCCGGCAAGUUCGUCCGAGGGCCGCCGGGCAGCGCAGGCGUCCGCUUCGCCGAUGGACAACGAUCAGGUCGAACGGGAUGCAAACCUUAAAAAGGUUCAGGCGAAGGAUCUCGUCGAGUUUGGAAUGAUUCCUGAAUUCGUUGGUCGCUUCCCGGUGCUGGUACCGUUCCACAGCCUCGACGUGGACAUGCUCGUGCGUAUCCUCACCGAACCACGCAAUGCCCUCGUGCCGCAGUACAAAGCCCUGCUCGGAAUGGAUCAGGUCGAGCUAUCGUUCACCGACGAGGCGCUCACGCAGAUCGCUCAGCUCGCCAUGGAACGACAAACGGGUGCCCGUGGACUUCGCGCUAUAAUGGAGACACUGCUUCUCGAGCCGAUGUUCGAGGUGCCCGGAUCGGACGUGAAGGGUGUGCGCAUUACGGAGGAGAGUGUACGCGGUGCCGAACCGAUCUACGUGCGUCGUGGGGAUUCGAACGCGUCAAGCAAAGACACACCGUCCGGAUCCGGUGACUCGGGACAUACCAGCAGCACCAGCACCUCCGAGGAAGAGGAGACGACGAAGGUUCGCGUCAAGCAGUAGUAGGAGGAUGUUCGCACGCGCACGGGGACAUAUUCCUGAUCGACACACAACGACAACAACAACACACACACACACAUUAGCUGCAAAAUGCAAAUGGAUAGAUGAGCAAAAAUUGAAAUUGUAAAUACGAAUAUUUUUGUUUAUUUUAGGUUUUGCUUUUUGUUCUCAUACGGCUGCGUUCCUAAAUGAUUUGUUGAUUAUCCUGAAUGAAAGCCCACAAAAGGUUCUGUGUAUGAAACUUUAGCGCUUUUUUUUACUGGUUCCCCCUAUUUCGAUCUACAUAAAGAGCUCUACUUAUUAUCCUUGCUUGAGCCGUUCCUUUGGAUGGCACACAAAUGCACGAUCUGGUCAAAAAUUGCUUUUAAUUUUCUUCUGGUUAACUUUUUGCCAUCUUGGGAUGGUUUAUUUCCGUUUGACGAACUACUUUCCACAAAGAAAGAGAUGAUUUAUGCUGGAAAUGCGCAAGUAAUCAUUUCUCUCGUGCUUUCGCUCAAUUUGCAGCCGAUUUUAGUUACGCUCAACGCUGCAAUCAGCAAAUGGUGUAAAGAAAGUAAAAACAGAUUCCCAGCGAGGGAAGUAGGUGUCGACAAGGAAAAUAUAGAAGAAAAAAAACUUUCCAAUUAACGAAGCGAGGAAAAAGUUUGCCGAAGACGUUACAGUCUGGUUGAUUGUCCUUCAGUUUUUUUUUUUUUAGUGAGAUAGGUAAUUAUGCUUAGACGAUCACAAAAAUGCUGUUAAAAACACGUUGUAUAAAUGAAGCGGAGGGAACGGAGACAAAAUAAAAUAAAAACAACCACUUGUAUAACAAUAUAA